UUGGCGCGAGGACAUCUGGUUGGUAAACGCGACGCGAAAGCGUGCCUGUUCGUUCGUGGGUGUGAUGUUUGUUAGCCAUCUACCUGCCGAUGUGGUGUCCAGAACAUGCUGAAUUGAGAUUUCGCAUACAUCACUUUAUCAUCGGAGGGAAAAUUCGUAAUUGUAUGGCUGUGCACCGCUGCACACUUGCAUGAUUCCUCAUUUGUUGUUCGCUGGCGUCUGUGACUGGUUGCAUGAGUAAAUUAGCCAGCUUAGCCUGACAAAAUAGGUCAGUUUUGAUACGUCGCUAGCUAGCUAUCAGUUGUGUGAACUAGUUAACGAUACUUGAAAGUGUUUCACACUAGCAAGCAAACGGUAAUUGUUUAGAUUGGUCACCCAAGUUACCCCUCAAAGAAUGGUGGUGUUGAAAAGCGUUCCUCCUCCAAGUGAAGGAGUCCGGCACGAACAAGCCGAAACCACAGCAGUUUUGGACGGGAAAGGACUUGGAUCAGGAACUCUUUACGUCGCUGAGGCGCGUCUUUUUUGGUUUGAUGGAUCUGGAAUGGGGUUUUCAUUGGAAUACCCGUCGAUCAGCCUCCAUGCUAUCUCCCGCGACCCGAGCGCCUAUCCACAAGAGCACCUGUAUGUUAUGGUCAACGGCAAAUUGAGUGAUGAUAACGAAGCCGAGAUGCCAGAGCCUGCUCAGGAGGAGAAUGAAGAUAGCGAGAGCGAUAGCGACAGUACCACAGCUAUCACAGAGAUCCGCUUUGUUCCCAGCGAUACGGCCGCAUUGGAGCCCAUGUUCUCUGCCAUGUGUGAGUGUCAGGCCCUACACCCAGACCCAGAGGAUGAUGACUCUGAUGAUGACUUUGAGGGCCAGGAGUAUGAUGUGGAGGAGGCAGAAUCUGAAGUCAGAAGAAAUUUAGAGCAAGGCCAGGGGGAUGUGCCCACAUUCUACACCUAUGAGGAGGGUCUGUCCAACCUGACGGCCGAGGGCCAGGCCACUCUGGAGCGGCUGGAGGGGAUGCUGGCUAACUCUGUGGCCCAGCAGUUCCACAUGGCCGGCGUUAGGACCGACGAACCUUCAGCCGAGUUUGAGGAUGGUAUGGAGGUGGACUCCAGUUCAGCCGUGGCUGGACAGUUUGAUGAUGCUGACGUAGAUCACUGACGGAACGUGAUUCAGCCGAUGGAGGCACUUAAGGGCUCUUGUAGUUGAAAACGGGAGUGCCCAUCCCGAUGCUCUUACCCACAGCACUUCCUCAGGGAGCGCUCUCGGCUCCCAGUCUAACUGUACCCCUCCCGUCACCAUGGUUUCACAUUCCCGGUCUCCUGGCGUCACACCAUUUGUGUUCAGUGUCUGUGUUGUUUUUGUAUUUCUAUCCAAAUUGAGAAGCGGUAUUCAUGUAUUUGUAUAAGCUGUUAUAAGAAUAAAUAGUUUUUUUUUUUGUACUAAGUA